CUCAUUUAAUUAUUGUCAAUUCCAAAGUGGGCUAUUACGUCUAAGAUAAUGAGAUAAUUUAUAUAAAUAUCAAACAUAAGAUUUGUGUAUAUACACAUGUAUGUAUGAAUCAACCCUCGUCUAUGGCCAAAGAAGAGUACAACUUCUACUCUCUUCCAACCAUUGACAAAUGCCAAUUCACAAAUCGCGAAAACGAUACCAUCGUGGCUGACAUGGAUGGUACUUUGUUUACCCAACAAAGCUCCUUCCCUUACUUUGCCCUAGUAGCCUACGAGGUUGGUGGAAUUUUUAGGCUUCUCUUCUUGCUAUUGGCUUCUCCACUUGCUGGAAUUCUCUAUCAUUUCGUCUCUGAAUCCGCAGGUAUUCGGGUCCUUAUUUUUUCCACAUUUGUCGGUAUGAAAGUUGCUGAUAUAAAAUGGGUGGCCACUGCCGUUCUUCCCAAGUUCUACUCCUUAGACUUGCAUCCUCACACGUGGCAAGUUUUUACGUCAUGCAAAAAACGAUGCAUAUUGACAGCAAGUCCAAAAAUCAUGGUGGAACCUUUCUUGAAAGGUUUUGCCACGGGCUUCGUUCGAAGCCCGGGGGUAAUAGUUGGGGAAAACAAGGUCGACGCCCUUAGGCGCGAGUUUCCUGACCUAAAAACUUCGACUCCGAACAUAGGUUUGGGUGACAAGGAAAGUGAUUACCCAUUUAUGAAGCUUUGUAAAGAAAGCUACAGAGUUGAUCCGAAGAUCAAAGUUAAACCACUCAGUCGCGAAAAGCUGCCUAAAGCUGUGAUUUUCCACGACGGUAGGCUUGUUCAAAAACCGACGCCUUUGAUGGCUUUACUUAUCAUUCUUUGGACACCAAUUGGGAUACUCCUUUCAUGUUUGCGAAUCACAAUUCUUUCAUUAACUCCUUUGUCAAAUCAACACAAUAUGCUUCGUGUUAUGGGGGUUCAAAUCAAAGUAAAAGGAAACCCACCUCCUAAGGGUAACACUGGUCGAUCUGGGCUUCUCUUCGUUUGUUCUCAUCGAACAGUCCUCGAUGCAGUUUUCGUUGCAGGGGCUCUCCACCGUCAGAUCACAACUGUCUCUUAUUCCAUUGCGCGAUUAUCGGAGAUCAUAUCACCAAUAAAGACCACACCACUAAGCAGAGACCGAAUCAAAGAUGCUGCUCUAAUAAAGAAGACUCUAGAGGAAGGUGACUUGAUCAUCUGCCCUGAAGGUACAACUUGUCGUGAGCCUUUUUUGCUUAGGUUUUCAGCUUUGUUUGCGGAUUUAUCUGAUGAGUUGGUCCCCGUGGCUAUAUCUGUUAAAAUGGGCAUGUUUCAUGGUACCACUGCGAGAGGUUCGAAAUGGAUGGACCCAUUUUACUUCAUGAUGAAUCCGAGUCCGUGUUACGAGUUGAAUUUUCUUGAUAAGUUGCCUUAUGAGUUGACUCGGCGAGGUGGGAAGACGAGUGUUGAGGUGGCUAAUUAUGUACAGAGGUUGAUUGCAUCGACAUUGUCGUUCAAGUGCACAAACUUAACUAGGAAAGACAAGUAUAUGGCGCUUGCUGGGAAUGACGGUAGUGUGGCUACCAAAACUAGUUGAUGCCAUCACUUUAAGGCUCCUAUAAAUGAUUAAACUAUUACUCUUUUGAAAAAUAACACACUAGCUAUUAAUUUGCCUGCAAAACUCGAAAUAAAAGGUGCUAAUAAUAAUUUUUAUGGAGUUUUAUUUUAUUAUUUGCACCCAAAGAAAUAAUAAAAGUAUCCCAUUUUGUAAAGAAAUUAUUUAGUAUCCCAUUUUAUUAUAAAGUAUAUAUAAAUAUUUUAAUUUAUACUAUA